AUGCUGUGCCAUGGAGAUGCUAUAGAAGGUGAGAGCUCGCUCGCCACAAGUGGAGCUGUGAAAGGACCUAGAGAUGUCGGAUAUCCAAGUAUGUUCCCAGUCUUGAAUAAGACCAACUAUCCAUUGUGGGCGAUGCGUAUGCAACUCCACUUGGAGGCUCACAGCUUAUGGGAUGCUAUUGAGUUGGAGACAAUAGCAAGAAAGAAGGAUUGACAAGCCCUCUUUGUGAUGUUCAGAGCUGUGUCUAAAGGCAUCUAGACACAACUACUUGGGAGCUUUUCAAAGUGACGUAUGUGGGAGUGACUUGUCUCAUGAAAUCAAGACUUCAAGGUCUCAGGUGAGAAUUUGAGAUGUUUCAAAAUGGGGGAUGAUGAAAUUGUGAUUGACUUUUCCGAAAAACUGUCACGAGUUGUCACUCAAAUCAGAAAUUUGGGUGAAAAGUUAUAAGAAGGUGCUGUUGUUGCCAAGCUUCUUCGAGCAACACCAGGGAGAUUUGAUCCAAUUACAGCAUCUCUCAAGCAAUUUGGCAACAUCGACUCCAUGCCAUUUGAAGGAGUUACAUCUCUUAAGAUCUACAAAGAAAAACUCAAAAUCCAUCAAGAAAGGAAGGAAGAACAAGUCCUCUCCUCUAGCAUGA